AGUCUGGAGAUAUGUCGCUUGGAUCUACACACUUGAUGCUAUUCCUGGCCCUGAUUCUGGCCGCCUCUGCAGAGGGCGUGAUCAGGCCACUACCGCCCUAUGUGGGACUGCCGACCCAGGAUGGUCUAACCCGUCUGUUCUUUAACUCUCGGGUGACACGUCGCGAUCCCAAGACCUCGGUAUCCUGCUUUGCUGGCUACAUUGGCGAAUCGAAUCUUAUUGCAGAGCAGUACAGUGGAGCCUACAGCGAAUGCCUACAGCAGGCGCACAGUUCGCGGCGCGGCAUUGACAAGGACUUCCUAGCUACGCGCAGGAGAAUUGAGCAGUCGGCGGAAUCAGUUUGUGGAACGCUAAGAGUCUGCAGUAAGAUUAACGGCACACUUGACUCCUUCAAUUGUCAUGCCGCAGCGGGUUCCAACAACACCAUCUCCACGUACGGCAUCUCGGGAAAUGCCUCGGAGUCGGCUACGCUGUUGCAGGAACGCUAUCGCCUGAUCGAUUUGCAUCAUGAACAAUGCAACCACAAGGCGGAGCGCACUUACGUGGAGUCAACAGCCAGCAACUACAACUACCUUCAGGCCUGCCUCGAUGGACGCAUCAAGCCAAAGCCAUUGCCCAGCAGCACCAGCUCGACCUCAACGACCACCACAACCACAACGACCACGACUACAACAGAGGCGCCAACCACAGCCACACCGGAGCCAGUGACAACGGAAAGCCCCGCCAAUCUGGAGGAUCAGUUUAAGCAGCUUUUAAACUUGUUGAACUAAUGUCACAGCGCGUCAAGAAUGUUUUUAGCAAGCUGUUUAAAUCCUAAAAACUGCUGUGAGUUUUUUAUUAAACAUUAAAUAUGAGACAUCAGAUAGUCGUCCAACUAAC